CUGUCUUGUCCCCUUUCCUUAGCGCAGAACAGAGCGCCGGCGCCAUCGCAUUGGCAAAGGAUCAUGGAUUGGUUUGACCGUGAAGAAGAUGAGCAGUGAAGUGGCAUUUGCAGUUCAAACCUUUCAGCCUUCUGAUAAUGUUUGUCGAUCCGAACUUCCCGCCCACUAAUGCAUCGCUUUGGGGAGUGAAAGGCAUCCGACGGUGCUUUGAAAGGUUGGAAUGGCUGCGUCCAGACCAGCUUACGUCUUCAGGAACUGUGCUGUUUGAAGGGUCGUUGGCUGAGCCAAAGCCAUGUGGAAUGCGAAACGUCACUCAGGGUAUUUUGUCUGACUGCUACCUGGUGGCCGCUAUUGCCCUUUGUGCCAGACAACCUCGCCUGUUGAGCCAACUAUUCGUUGCAUACAAACCGGAAGAAGGAUGGUGUACAGUGAGGCUCUUUCUGAACGGUUCCUGGGAAGAGAUUACAAUUGACACCCUAUUGCCCUGCUUUCAAGGACAACCGGCUUUCGCACAUCAUUUUGUGGGAGAGCCUCGAGAGCUGUAUGCGUGUUUUAUAGAAAAGGCCUGUGCUAAGGCCUAUGGUUCUUACGCUUCUUUGAUUGGAGGUCAUAUUGAUGAGGCGCUCAUGGAUUUGACCGCACUUCCAGUGGAAGAACUCAAUUUGUUGCGGGCACCUGACUAUUCCUCGCGCGUUGCGCAACAUUGGGAAGAGGGUAGCUUGCUAGCAUGUUCAUGGGCGUCAAGGGGUGCUGAUUUGCCACUGCAUCAACAUAUCAGGACAAAUCAUUCAUACGUCAUUUCGGACGUGGUGCAAGAAACCGGUUCUGAACUCAAGUUGGAAAUUCUGGAUCCAGCGUGCUCGGAGUGUCAAAAACAUACUUUUUGGGUCGAGAGCAAAGACUUUCUUUGCUUCUUCAAUCGCCUCUCAAUCUGCCACACCACCUUUGGAUGCGUAUUUGAUGCACAAGGAUUGCGGAAGACGUCCUUUUCACUGCAGAUCACCCAUGAGAAUGCGGGCGGUUGCUCCAAUUUUCCAUCUUUUCACACCAACUCCAUGUUCAGAGUUUCUGCGACACAUCCGGUACCAUUGGCCAUUACCGUUUCUCAGCCUGAUGCAAGGCGCGUGUGUCAUGAAUUCGGUUGCCAGUCAAUGUAUCCCCAACUUGGACUCACGUUCCUCAUCCAAGAGAAUGUUGUCAAUCAAGUGGACACCGAUUUGAACUGCUGCACCCGAAAUCGACGGCGCAUUUUGGUGCAAACACCAUUCUGCAGCAAACGGGAUGUUUCUGUUAUCGUUUGUGUUGAAGAGUUGUCCCCAAUGGGAUGCAGUGAAUACCGAGUCGUCCCAUCAUUAUUUUUUCCCGGUGAUCUGGGCACUGGCCACCUUCAAGUGCAUUUUGCAUGGCUGGACAGUGACUCGAUCCUUGUUGAAGAACUGAGGCCCAAUAUAGCAACGGAUUUUUCCUUUGUUGGGUCAUUCGGCACAUUCUACAGCAAGCCAUUUGAACAAAGUAGCCCUAGCCUUGGACACCUGGGUUCUGUGCUUCGGCUGCGGUUUGACCAACUGACGUCCGUCAAAAUACUUGCAGCCAGUGUACCAGUACCUCUUACAGUCAUUUUGACCCGCAAUCCAGAAGAAGCUGUGUGGUGGAAGCAGGACUCUGUCCAUAGGUCCUUGCAUCGAAUGGUUCAACCCAUUGCAGACAAAGAAGAAUAUCUCUCGCUGCAAGAAUUGAAACCAUUGUUUGCAAGCUUCCUGGCAGCAUGUAAUGUUGAUGAUUCCAGGAAAGAUGUGCUUUUGGCCAGAUGUGAUCCAACAAAUUCUGGCCGCAUUAGCUUUGGGCAGUUCUUAAGUAUCUUGAAUCAGGCUGGUGUGUCAAGGAAUGACAUGCACCGCAUUUCUGGCUGCGCAUCGAAUUCCCAAGUCAAGGGGAGCAGCACGUUCGUAGGUGUUGCCCCCCUCAGCCAUCCUGAGCGUGAUUUUGAAGUUAUUGAAAACCAUGACCAUGACCAUCGAGACCUCAAUCUCCCUACAUUACACUCUUCAUUGGCAAGUGGAUGUGAUCAAGUGCCAGUCAUGAGCGAUGUCACCGUCUGGUCUGCCAGCUUUCUCAUCCGACAAUCCGAAUUUUACCUGUGCCCACUCAUCCGUGGAGUGGACCAGACUUGUUCCGGCUUCGAGCUGCAGAUUCUAAGUCCACUUGCGGGCCUUGUCGUGCUGCGUGAAUCAGCCAAAAGAGUGGUUUGCGCAGAAUCAAUUAAUUCAUUGUGAAUGUAUCAAGAUUUGAGACUUUUUUCCGUAGGCAGAAGUUCAUGGCAUGCACAUGUCAGCUGUCUGAAAGCAAGCAACAUGUCGUACACGUCCGCAGUCUCUCAAGCGGGGGCAUUGUGGGAGACUGGGGGUCCCCGUCUUGCUGGCAC